UUCACAACCACGGUGUUUUCAUGCAUUGUGUUCUAAGUAUUUUCGGAAUAUUCACGUCUGCUCACACAGACACGGCUACUUGGAGAUGAUGGCCUAAUUAACUGCUGUAGCGGAGCGUUUUCCGCCCCGCCGGAGCGCAGUCCUAAUGUUCUGCCGGGCUGCGAACGCAGGCGGCGCGCUUUCCCCGACCGACUCUACUGACUGAGACGCUUUCCGCCCCCCCCCGGCUCAUAUAGUGUUUUGCUUAACCCCUUUUAGUCUCAAUACACUGAAUUUACGGAUAAAAUCCACUGGCAUUAAUUUGUUAACGGCGCCAAACAUCACCGGCAAAAAUGGAUAGCUCCGAAGAAGCGCAGUCUCUUGAGCACGAAGUAAAAGCGACGUCGGAGCUGAAGAAGGGAAUGUCAAUAUUUUUGGACAUUUUACGAAGAGCAGAUAAAAAUGAUGAUGGCAAGCUGUCGUUUGAUGAGUUUAAGGCAUACUUCUCAGAUGGCGUUCUCACCGGAGACGACCUGAAGGAGCUCUUCCACACAAUUGACACCCACAACACUGACAAUGUGGAUACGGAUGAAUUGUGUGAAUACUUUUCCCAACACCUCGGUGAAUACAAGCAUGUCCUUGCGGCUUUGGAGGAUUUAAAUGUUUCCAUCCUGAAGGCCAUGGACAAAACCAAAAAGGAGUACCUGGGAUCUUCUCGUCUGGAGCAGUUCGUCACUCGCUUCCUGCUGAAGGAGACCAGCAGUCAGCUGCAGUCACUGCAGAGCUCACUGGAGUGUGCCGUGGAGGCCACCGCGGAGCAGAUGUGCCCGGAAAGGCACGGACCGGCGAAGCCGGAGGGGCUAGCUAUCCAGUGCUCAGGCAGACGAUCAAACAGGAGACUUCAAAGGAAUAACAGCCUUUCUCCAAUCACCUCCUUCCUCAGCAAUGCCAAUUCAGGUCUUUACGAAGAGGACAACAGAUGGAUGACUCAGAUCAACAGACUACAGAAGCUCAUUGACCGCUUAGAGACUAAGGAGCUGCGGCUUGAACCUGUCGAAGAAGAAGUUUCGGGAGGGACGACCAAACCACACAUUCUGAUCGUCCAGCGGCAGCUGCUGGUUCUGGAGGAGGAGAUGGAGGACUUCCGUCUGGCCCUCCGGCAGUAUGUCGAGAGCAGCGGCACCCAGAACGGCUGCCUGCACAUCGCGGUACAGAAGCUGGCUGAUGAAUCCCGCUUCACGGUCUAUGAGUUCUGGGAAUGUAGCAGCGUCUGGAAGAACCACCUUCAGGCCAACCACAGUAAGAUUUUCCAGAGGUGCAACGUGGACUUCCUGGAGAGCCCCGAGGUCGUCACCACUAUGCUGGUUCCCGGUACAUUACCGCCUGUUCCUUAUGCAUGUUCCUUUCCUGGAGAGCCCCGAGGUCGUCACCACUAUGCUGGUUCCCGGUACAUUACCGCCUGUUCCGUAUGCAUGUUCCUUCCUGUGGUUUGCUAAGUCGGCACCCCCAUCAGUAGGUGGUGCCCUGGGUGGCUACCUGUGUCGCCUAUAGCAGGACUCUUCAAAUCUGGACCUCGAUUCCAAAUCCAGGCCUUGUUUUCAGUUCUUCCAGGUAGUUAGUUUAAUAAUUACUGAUUCUGAUUGGUCAGAGGCUUCACACCUGGCUCACAGGUGAAGGAAGGCUGGAAAACCAGCAGUGCUGGGCCCUUGAGGACCAUGAUUUGAAUAACCUUGGCCUGUAGGACUGACGAAACAUAUUGUCAUAGUCAUUAUUGCUCUUCCAGGCAUCUGACAAUGGAAUGAACAUCCUUUAAAGACACUAUACCUGGCAACUUUUAGAAGGAAAGUUCCCAUGGUCUGAAUGCAGGCUAAAGCAGACUUUACUCUCGGGGGUGAUGUUUCCUAACCGUGGUCUUUCCUUUUCUUCAUCAGCUUCAUGGUGGGUUCUGAACAAUAACUGACCAGGGCAUGGAGGCCUGCCUGUGAUCACGCGAGCCGCCGAAGCUACCCCUCGUGCUGGUGAACGCCAUGAAACAAAAAGACGCUGAACCCUUAGUCCAUGCAUAGCGCCCCCUGCUGCUCACGUGAUUUAUUAUGCUGUAUUAUUAGUGUAUGACUCGAUCUAAGACUUUACACAGUGCACAGCGUACAUUUGUUGGUUAGUGCGGUUGUGUCCACGUGCAUAAACAUCUGAGCAGUUUUUGAGAUUAUUUCGUGAAUAAAUUUUGCCGUGUAUGAACACCUUGGUUAUAGUCUAGGAGUUUCGUAGUGAAGCAAACAGCACCAUUUAGUUGAAUUGUAACAUACUGUCUUCCAAAUUCAUUACACUAAGACCAUCAGGGUGUUGGUUCCACCGGAGAACGGUCCACUAUUAUAAAUAGCGCACAGAUCAGGUCGCUUUCACGUUGUGUUGUGAAAGGAAUUUGCAGUAGAUGUAGCUUUUCCUUUCAUGGGGUAAAAACAGUGUUUCAAAGCGUCUGCCAGUAUUUUAUUAAAAUAAAAUAUCCAUCUGCCUCCAGACUUUAAACUUAAUGCGCAAAGACAGGCGUUCUUUAAGUGCAUGUUGUCCUCACUCCAUCAUGGCAACGCUCCUCUUUAUAGAUGCAUAGAGUACCAUUUAAGUCUGAGAUAAGUUGACACCCUGAAUAAGUUACUUUUUUCAUCCGUUAUUUAACAAAUGCAUUGUGCAAUACAUAUUGUGAAAGUAACAAUAUUGUGCUAUAAGAAAAAAUAAACAAUAUAUUGGAUA